UACGCCAAGAGGGCGGAGUUAUGUAGGCUACCGGUAGGUGGGAGGGGCGAUAGUUUGAAAGCGCAAAUGCAGGACAGCAGGAUAUACAAUUUCGAAUUCCCAUAUUUAGAACUUUCACCUGCGGCGGCGUAUGUAAACAACAUCAUAACAUCAACAACACACCUCACAGUUUACAGAGCACGCUGCUCUCCUCUAAACCAGUGGAGAUUACUGGUAGCGUGUAACUUCGUGCAACACGCUACGUAACACAUGCGAAGCAUGCGCUGUUAAAAGGGUAUUCGAGGAUGAUGUCAAACAGACUGUAAAUGAACUUGAGUAGGCUAUCGUUCAAACUAAAACGCACACGUAAAUUGCAAUUCUUAAUGAUAAGCAUCGUCUGGACUUCUAUCAAAGUAAACGGCGCUUGCGCUUCUAAUUCAGGAUAAACUGCGCCGUCGCUAGUGACAACUGAAUCUAGGCAACAUAAUACUGUUAACACAAGUGAUUUAGCCAUCCAAAACUGUCUAAAGCAGAUUUAAUAGACCGGGACACAACUGUAGUGGUCUCUGGUAGGAUUCCCUCAUUUGCUAUCCUCAGGCACCAGCCCAUGAUUGAAAGUAAGAGAUGGGCUGGGCCGCCUCUUUGUGACAAUAGAGAAGAGCUGAAGGUGAUCACGGGAGCGGCAGCAUCACCGUAUUGCUCUUCACGGAGAACAGACAGAAGCACCACAUCUUCUCUUCAGUCUGACAAACCUACCCCAAGUUUACCCACGACCACAGUAAGCCGGACUGGACGAGCUGGUCUCACUCCUCCUCCACGCGUGGGCUGCUCGCGCUGGGAACCGGCGGAGAGCGGCACGAGAGAGCUCCGAUCCACCCCACCGUUCAAAUCACUAUGUUGGGAUUCAUUCGUGAACGGCGGAUGUAAUUUAUCGGAGGCAGCCAUCCAAAGGCUUUUUCAAUUGCACACGCGUCUUCUUAACAAACACGGCUGUUGUUCGGAGGCUGGACAUCCGUCUUUUAACCGCGAAAGACGUAUUUGACUCGGGAGAGACUGAAUCGUUGUGGAGUCGGUAUACGCACUUUCACGCGGUCCGAACAGGUGUACGCAUUCAGAACUCCAUCCGGACUGAUUUCUGAAGGACUGAGUAAGCGAUUAGGAAUUUAUAACCACAUUUGCAUUUUUUUUUUCUUUGCAAAAUUUGGACUUCAUCGGCAGUGCAGAAACAGUAGAACUAUGGAUAUCAAAUGGUUUACUAUAGCCUUUGCGUUUUUGGUGGUCUCAUGCUCGGCCCAGCGGCAGGUCACAGUUCAGCCGGGGCCCUUGAUCCGGACGGAAGGCUCUCACAUCACCAUCUGGUGUAACGUGACCGGCUACAAGGAAGGGGUCGAGCAAGACUUUGAAUGGUCCAUGUACCUUUAUACCACUCCCGAUCGAGAGAUCCGUAUUGUGAGCACAUCUCAGCACAACUACGCCUAUGCCUUGUAUGCCCAGCGUGUCAACAGCAAGGAGAUCUACAUCGAGAGGCUGAGCGGAGACUCUGUCCUGCUGCACAUCACCAAGCUGCAGGCCACCGACCAGGGCAUGUACGAGUGCUACACUCCCAACACUGACAGCCGCUACCUGGGCUCCUACAGUGCCCGUACCAACCUCACCGUGAUCCCAGACACUCUGACGGUGAUGGCAACUGCUCAGACCCUCUCAAAAGUGGAGGGGGACACGUUACAGCUCAGCUGUGAGGUCACACGCCAGACGUCCCAGCACAGUCACGUUUCUGUGGGGUGGUACCUGCGACCCUAUGAUGACCCCAAUUCUGGUCCACGUGACCUGGUUACCCUGUCACGGGACUUUGUUCUACGGCCGGGUGGACAGUACCGUCAACGUCUGUCUUCAGGAGACCUGCGUCUGGACAAGACCAGCGCCACUUCCUACCGUCUCACCAUCUACAAACUGCAGCCCACAGACCAGGGAGAGUUCUACUGCGAGGCCUCGGAAUGGAUCCAGGACCCAGAUCGCUCCUGGUACGCCAUGACCCGGAAAGAGUCGGAGAAGACGUCAAUCAAAGUUCAGCCCACAGAUCGGGACUUUAGUAUCCAGGUGACCACCGAGCGCCGGGCCUACACGGCUGGUGAGCCGCUGGAGCUCCGCUGCACCAUUGACGCUCAGAAUGUUCCAGAGCGCUUCUUCUCGGUGUCGUGGGUCUUCAGCAGCUCCCCCGUAGCCGUGAUUGGGCCCAGUGCCGUGCCUGUACUGGGACCCAACUACAUGGAACGGGAAGCCACCGGCCUCCUGACUGUGCGCAAAGAGAGCCCUUCUGUCCACCUGCUCAAGUUGCAGCGUCUACUGCCAGAGGACUCUGGCAAAUAUAUCUGCAGAGUGACAGAACGGGAGAAGACCCCCACUGGAGAUUUCAUCGACCGCAGCAAGCGGUCCCGUAAUGUUCAGAUCACUGUAACCCCUCUCAGAAGUAAUAUCACUGUGUCAUUAUCCAGUAAUACUUCAGAUAUAAUGGAGGGGGAGACCGUCCAGUUGACCUGCGUUGUUAGCAGCACUGUGGGUCCCCUGUCUGUGACGUGGCAGUGGACUGAUAAGGAGGGGGCGGGUCCCGCUGUGAACGUGGCUUCGGUGGAUCGUGAGGGCAUGGUCACUCCUGGGCCCAACUUUAGGGAGCGCAGCAGCUUUGGAGAGAUCCGGGUGGAGCGGGUUCGACCCGACACGUUUACUCUGUUCCUGUACAAUGCCUUUCCCACAGAUGAGGGCCAGUACAGAUGCAGCGGCACCGAGUGGUCUCAGAGCGGGACUGCACCUGACUGGAUUUGGCAGCAGAUUGGAGAUGAAUCCGCCACCAAGACCGUCACUGUCAAAUCAGUUGAAUCUUUCUUCUUCGUGUCGGCCUCCUCUCGAACGCCCAGCGUGACGUUUGGAGACUCGUUUGACCUGCAGUGCAUCGUGAAGCCACGGCACAAUCCCAACGUUCCUGCUGCGGUCACUUGGCGCUUCCUGCCAGUAGAUGGCGAUGGAGAGUUCCGAGAUUUGGUGACGUUCACACGGGACGGCACCCUGCAGUGGGGCGACCAGCUGCUGGGCCUGGGCACCCGUACCACGGUGGAUCGUACGCCCACGAACACCAACUUCCGCCUCAGCAUCACCCGAGCUGGACGCAAGGAGGCCGGGACGUAUCAGUGUGCUGCGCUGCUUUAUCGGAGGAAUUACGAUGGCACCUGGAGCACGGUGGCCAACCGCACCUCCAACCCACUGGGCAUCAGUGUACUGCAGCCUGUAAGUAAACUGAAGGUGCACAAGUCCAACCAGAGUCUGCAGUUUCUGGAGGACAGUCGGGUGCGUGUCAACUGCUCCAUCACCUCUCAAACCAGCCCGGACUCUCAGCAUGCUGUGUUGUGGUAUGCGCGGAAGGCCGAGGCAGGGGAGCCGGAUGAGCUGCUGUUGAAGAUCGAACACUCUGGAGCAUUCGAGUAUGGAGCGUACGCAGAGGAGGAACGUCUCCGCAGCCGUGUGCAGUCUGAAAGGCUCUCUCCUCGCCUCUAUGGGCUUACCUUGCACCGUGCCGAGACCAGCGACUCUGGGACAUACUACUGCCUUGUGGAGGAGUGGCUCAUGGACCCUGAUGGACUCUGGUAUCGCCUGGCACAAGACUCCUCCGGCUUCACACAUGUGGCUGUGAGACAGCCAGCGGUGAAGUUGCAGGUGGAGGAGGCAGAAUCUAAUAUCACAGUACCUGAAGAUGGAUCAAUCCGACUGGGCUGCAGCAUUCUGUCUCAGUCUUCCAAAGAUUCCCGCUUCUCUGUAUCCUGGUAUGUGUACCGUUUGGGACAGGAGGAGGAGGAUGAACCAGAAUGCGUCUUUUCCAUCGGUCAUGAUGCAGUGUUUGGUAAUGGGAACUGCAGCCCUACGGAGGAGCCUGGUCCAAACUCUCGCCUGCAGUUUGAACGUGCCACCUCUGAACUGUACAGUCUGACCAUCCAGAAAGCUCGGUCCAGAGAUGCUGGCAAUUACUACUGCCAUGUGGAGGAGUGGCUGCUGAACCCACGCAAUGCCUGGUAUCGCCUGGCCACCAAUAACUCUGGAGUCACCAUUGUUAAUGUUAUGGAGCAGGUAUCGACCCUACAGUCAGUGGUUUGUUCCAACGACUCCCUCUUCUACUUCGUCUUCUUCUACCCCUUCCCUAUCUUUGGCAUCCUCCUCAUCGCGGUCCUGCUGGUGCGCUACAAGACCCGCAGCUCCAGCAAGAACCAAGAGGGCAAGAACGGAGCGCCGCUCUUGUGGAUCAAAGAGCCUCAUCUCAGCUAUUCCCCAACCUGUCUGGACCCCCCAGCCCUCAGCCUUCACCCCGGCUCUGUGGAGUAACAAUGACAUGUGAUCCUGUCUCACUCAGAGACUCGCUCAUCUACUCUCUCUCUCUCUGACUCGCUCUCUGUUUUUCUUCUCCUCCUCGUCCGUGAUGAGGCCACCAGAAAGUUAUCUGGGUUUCUAGCCUGGCCUGUCAAUCCGUCCAUACGACUGACUAAGACCUUUCUCAGUUGAAGUUGCCAUGAUUAUGGUGGUUGCUGGCGCCGAUGCCUAGACAUUUGCUUUGCUUUCUUUUUCCUGAUCUUUUUUUAAAAUAUGAUUUUACUUUUCUGUGAGCCUUUUGAUGUGUUUUACCCGACUGACACCAAACUCCUUCCCUCUCUGGGAUCGGAAACAGCCGUUUCGUUUUGCUUUUUUACUCCCGUCUAUGAAGUCUGGUGAAAACCAUUACAUAUUAUUUGUUAUUUUGUCUGUGCUGAUUUUUGCUGCAGACGACUGGAAGGUCAUUGCUGGACUAUGAACGUUUCUAGAGACAAUGGUGUAUGGAUGAAGGAAGAAAAGGACAAUCUUUCCUCAGAAAAACUCGGAAAGCUGACAAAGGAUGUAUAUUGAUUUAGUUAGUGUGCACGUGCCACAGAACUGACCUAAGAACUGCCUUGGUUUAAGUGGAUCUAGACUAUGGAGAGCCCUCAUUGCCCACAGACUCAAGGAUAUACAUGAACUCCAGCUCAUCCUCACUGCCAAAUACCAAUACAACUCCAAAAGCCACAAAUUCAGAGACACUGAAUAGGAUUAGAUCUGGGUAACUCGAUGUUGGAAAAGACAGUGAGCUUCCUACACUGACAUGUUUCCUCAUCGCUGGUGCUUAGAUGUUGAUACAUGCCCCCAAAUCCCUCAUUUAAUUUCAAGGUCUUUUUGACAUUUUUCCAAUGUUAAGAAGUUCAAUAUAUCUCUAAAAACACCCUUGUGUGAUCUUGUUUGUGUAUAUAUGCACAAUUGACCCCACAUUUAGUGAGUUGUGGCCUCAGCGUCCUCGCAUUUUCAUAAUGCAAGGUUGAAGGGGGCAUUGAAGGAAUUUUCUCUCCGAAAUCUCUUGUAAAAACCGUUGUCUUGAGGGAGAAGGCAGACAGGACUAUAGACUCAAGGGACAUUCUCAGUGCCAAGAUCUUUUUAUCAUCAUACGUGCCCUUGUAAUGAUCCAGAAGGAAAGCGUUUAUUGGCAGACUUCUGCAUAUAUGAGUUAUGAAGGGAUUUGACUUGUUUUUUUUAGUAUAUAUUCUAAAUCACAUAAAGUGUUGUUGUUCUUCUCUUUAUUGGUUUGUGUUUGAAAUAUGGUGCCCGAUCUUUGUGUUACCGCUGAAAAAUUGUGAAAACUUAUUGCGCAGUGUCAUAACCUGUAACCUGUGAAGACCUACUAGAGUGAUUAUAUCUCUGAGGAUGAAUAUAGCAUCUAAAUUAUUGUUGGUCUCCAUGGACACUUUGAAAACACUGCCACAUUUUACCAUUGAAGAUGCUAUGAUCCUCACAUUAGCUUUGCGAACCACACUAGUCAUGUUUCCUUCAAGAAAGAUUCAGCCUCUAUACUGAAAGCAUUUAGAGCUUAGCUGUAGUGCGAAUGAUUGUUGUUCAUUUUUCUUUUAUUUCAACACGGACUAUGAAACACGACGUGUUAUCUAGGAACCUGCGGUCUGACACCAAACUGGAUGUCUCAUUAUAGACACCACUGAAGAUCUUAUGACUGUGCACCUUUCACUCCACUCUCACAGAGCAUCAUCUGGGUCGCUGCCACCCUCGUGUAAUCUCAACAGUCAACAUCGCGGCUUUUCUGUAAAUGAAAUUUAGAUCCAUUCAAAGCUUGUGGUUGUCUUAUUUAUUGAAUCAUAAAACUCCUAGAUAGAAUAUGUGAACUUCAUAAAUGUGAAUAGACAGAAUGUGGCAGAAAUAGCAGUGAACAUUUAGGCAACUAUAAUUUGGCUACUUGCGUGCAGUGGCCUAGAGGAUUAUGGGAAAUAAUUCUGAACCAGUCUGAGAAUCUUUGUACAGAUGACACAGAGAUAUCUUUAUCGACAAAAUUUUGUUGAACUGUACAGUGCAUGAUGAUGAGAAAGGGGGACAUUUUAUUGAUGUCUGAAAGUUUUGUCAGAUUAAUGGCAUCGUCACCAUCAACAGGUGGUCAAUAGGUUGGCCUUCCUGAUGUAGGAGAUGUGUAGUGUGAUAUUGAGUGUGAUAUUGCGGUUCUGCUGUCGUUCAAUCUGUACAGACUUAUUCAGAACUCUAAAUAGUGUUUUUGUAGUUCAACAUGCCCAGCUGAAUCAUAAUGUUCUCACAAUGUUGUAAAUGCAUUUCGAGGGCUGCAUGUCAUGGCUGUGUACUGGCAGUAUACUGUAGCUGCAGAAAAACAAAACAAAUGACAAAAAAAGUUGUGUUGAUGUGUGUUCAGUUCAGCCAGUGCUGCUUUUUAAAGUGGUGAUUUUUAUGUUCUUUUUUUUAAAUAAGCAAAAUAGUGCACUAUAUAUAUAAAUAUAAAAAUAAAAAUAAAAAGUUGCCAUAGUUUUUUUUUAUGGUUAUGUGUUUUUGUUGUACUCUACAUUUUUUGUGUUUUUUUAUAUCUAUACUUAUUUUAUUACAUUGUAGCAAUUGCUAUUAUGAAAAGGCACUUUGCUAUUGUCAGUUGAUUGCAAUAAAACAUUCAGUGCACCACA